ACCCAACGAGAGUCCGCGAGUCGGUGCGUGCCAGUCCGUGCGUGUGCUUUACCUAAUAAUAUUUCCACGGCUAGUCUCUCCCGCUCCUCUCUUCUUUCGGCCGAUACACGCAUCUCGCACCCUCUCUCUCUCUCUCUCGAAUUCUCUCUUUUCUUCCGCCGUAUCUCUCUCUCUCUCUCUCCGUGUAUACACACAUAGAUAUACUAUUCUCUCUUUCGCGCUCACCCUCGUAGGGUUAGGCAUCCUCGCGUAGAAGCUCGCGUCGCCACCCUCCUCUCCCCGAGGAUCCGCGACGGAUCUCACGAAAGCGAGAGAGGAGAAGAAUCACGCUGCAGAGCAGCACGUGUGCUGCGGUCGCGCGGAUCGACAAGCGCGCGCUUAUAGUCAUCGGCUCUCAAUCCAGCGAGAGUCAUCGCGCCGAUAGUCGAUGCGAAUAGUUGGCCGUGCUCGAGGGACUGUCGCGAACGUCGAUCGAGGGGUUGCUUGGCGCGACGAGUUCGUUUAAGCGUGACCGGGCUACUCGCGAGAGUGAGGGGUGUCGAGAGAGCGAACUCGCGCGAGUCACGACGGACGACCGUCCGCGAGUCAAAUCGGAGUGUUCAACCCCCGCGCGAGUGAUCAUACGCGAGGAUAGGACAGCUCGACCGAACGAACGAGUCGCCGGGACUGUGAUUGGUAUACGCGAGGUGCGACGAAACAGCGAGAUCCGCAAACGGAUUCGCAGUGGUGCCUUUGCCGAGAGCGAGGACGUCGGUGGGAGGACGGACACCGUCGGCCGUCGGCAGCUCUUGUGAACGAAAGUGUUCAAAGGCCCGAAGAUUCUGCCUUCGCAGCAACUGGGCGCUGCGGUCGCUCCAUGGCCGGGCGCCACCGGCCUCAUAGCCUCGGUCACUGCUGACGACAUGGCACACAAAGGGCACAGCGGGGUAAACCAGCUGGGGGGUGUCUUCGUCGGCGGCCGGCCACUUCCGGACUCGACGCGGCAGAAGAUCGUCGAGCUCGCGCACUCGGGCGCGCGACCCUGCGACAUCUCCAGGAUACUGCAGGUCAGCAACGGCUGCGUCUCGAAGAUCCUCGGCAGGUACUAUGAGACCGGAUCCAUAAGGCCGAGGGCGAUCGGUGGCAGUAAACCGCGCGUAGCCACCGCGGAGGUCGUCAGCAAGAUCUCGCUCUACAAGAGCGAGUGUCCGUCGAUCUUCGCGUGGGAGAUCCGAGAUCGUCUGCUGCAGGAGGGUGUGUGCACGAACGACAACAUCCCGAGUGUGUCUUCGAUCAACAGGGUACUGAGGAAUCUGGCCGCGCAGAAGGAACAGAGGCAACAGCAGCAACAGCAGCAACAAGGGGUGGGCGCUGUGGGGGUUGGCGUCGGUGCCGGCAGUCCGGCGGAGAGCGUUUACGAUAAACUCAGGCUACUAAACGGGCAGACCACCGGCUGGCCGCGUCCCAAUCCUUGGUAUCCGUCGAGCGCGGGUAGCCCGUUUUCGUCGAUACAGUCCAGUUUGAGUCCGAGCCAUUGUUCGUCCCUGCCGCCGGAUCCAGCGGACAUACUCCAUGCGAAGAAAGUGACCGAGCUGGAGGGUGGCGCGCACUCGGACGAGACGAACAGCGGGGGUGACAACAGCAACGCCGGCAGCGUUUCGGGCGGCGCCGACGACGAUCAGGCGCGCCUCCGCCUCAAGAGGAAGCUGCAGAGGAACCGCACGAGCUUCAGCAACGAGCAGAUCGACGCUCUCGAGAAGGAAUUCGAAAGGACGCACUAUCCGGACGUGUUCGCCAGGGAAAGACUCGCCGGCAAGAUCGGCCUACCCGAGGCGCGAAUACAGGUCUGGUUUUCGAAUCGGCGGGCGAAGUGGCGACGCGAGGAGAAAUUGCGCACGCAACGGAGGGACAAUCCGCAGCAGCAGCAACAGCAGCAGCAGCAACAGCAGCAGCAACAGCAACACACUGCCGGCGUGAGUCUGGUGGCCGCUGGUCACCCGACGCCGCCGCCGCCUUCGGGAAUACUCGGUGGCCAGCCGCCACCGCAGGCACCACCUUCGCCACCGAGGAUACACCACGGAUUCGCUCCCACUGCCGUCUACCCGGGAAUACCCAGCAUGCCCGACUCGUACAGCCCGAUGACAUCGAUGCCGAGCUUCACGAUGUCGGGCGCCAGUCAACAGAACCAGCACACGAGCAGCAGCAUGUCCUCACUGUCGGCCGGCGGUGGCAUGAGUCCUAUGGGCAUGACCGUCGGCAUGACCGUCGGCCCGAGCCCGGGCGCGUGUCUUCAGCAACGAGACAACGGCUAUUCGUGCGGGGUCGCGAGACCGCCGAGUUACGAGCCGCUGCAUCUCGGCUACGGCGCCAGGCCGACCUGCAGUCCGACCCAGCCUUACCACACGGCGGGUCUCAAUCAGUACAAUCAGAACGCCAGCUCGACCGGUCUGAUAUCACCCGGCGUGAGCGUGCCGAUCGCGGUACCAGGUCAACCGGCACCCGACAUGGCCGCGCAAUAUUGGUCGCCGAGGCUGCAGUGACCGUGGUGGUCGUCGACGUCGACCUCGUCUCCGUAGAGCUUCUUCCCAGUCUGCGCGAUUCGCGAGCGAGCGAGCGAGCGCUAUUUCAGAAGACCUCAAGAAUCCUGCGCGUUACGCUCUCGUUCGCCGUGAUGUAAAUCGAGGCGGAUUGUGUCAUCCCCGUUACUAUGUUUACGUUUGCGAUUAUCGACGCUUUGCACGGAAAUCGAGCUUGAUUUCGUCCGUCUGCGCGCGGCCGUCACUUUUGUUUCUUGCGAACUCUUUAUAAUGAAAAUUACUUCAAAUUGGAUUACAGACGGAGAUUGAACGAUUUCCGUAUGCGUAUAAUCGCGAAUUUUACCGUCGAAUUCAAUCACUGUGUCCUGAUGCUGAAAAUUAACGCUCACGCUUCCAAUUAAUAUUCUCGAUCGCAUCCCUUUGUUAUUAUGGGACGGAUAUCCCGCCGUUUCGCUUUCGCCAACAACAUCGACAUCGCGAUGCACGACCGGACGCUUCCCCUCUUCAUUUCGAUGCCGCACCGAGAUCCGAAUAACAUGCAGAAAUAGCCUCUAUGAGAGAGAUAUGUUAAUACGAUUGUUAAUCGACGAGUAGAUCAACGGCGUAACUUGUGUUCUUCGCAUGACACGUUGACAUGGCGAUAAUCGGCAUAGUGUUUAUGUACGAAACGUCACUCGCGUGUCUGCGCUUCACAAAUUCAUUUUCAUUCGUACAAUCAUUCCUUCGGCUGCGAUAUCUAUCAAAUAUAGCCGAGCGAGGUUGAGACGCGUUUAGAAAAAAGAGAAAGAAAGAGAGAGGGAGAGAGAAAGAAAGAGAAAAGUGGAACAGUAGAGAGAAAAAAAUAUGAAUCGUCGGCAAUGUGCAACUUAUGUAAAAAAUUAAUUAGCAUGAAAAAUCAGUGGAAGAAAAUCACGCUCCUGAGAAUUCUCGCGAAAUUUUUCUUCGCAACGGUUCGUAGAUAUAACUUCUAUAGAAAAAUCGAAAGAGAGAAAGUGAGAGAAUGUGUGUGUAUGUGCGCGCACGUAUAUGUAUGUGUGUGUGUGUGUGUAUGA